AUCAAAUGAGAUCGCUGCGAAAUGUGAUACCCCGAUACAACCCUGCGGCGCUGAUCGACUCCACGACCACCCUCCCCCAAAUCCACCAAAUCCACGCCCACCUCCUCGUCGCCGGAUUCUUAGGCGACCCCUUCCACUACGCCAAACUCGUCGCCGACUUAGCCCUCUCCUCCUCCUCCUCCUCCUCCUCCAACCUCGCCUACGCCCACCUCCUCCUCCGCCGCUCCCCACACCCCCCAUCGCUCUUCGCGCUCAACUCCCUCAUCCGCGCCCAUUCCAAGGGCCCCGACCCGCUCCUCGCAUUCCCCCUCUACCGCCGCCUCCUCCGCUCCCUCCCCCCCGACAACUUCACCUUCACCUUCCUCGUCCGCGCCAGCGCCGCCGCCGCCGCCGCCUCCGGCCCCGCCGUGCACGCCGCAGCGCUCCGCCGCGGCCUCGCCGCCGACGCUCAUGUCCAGAGCGGCCUCAUCCACAUGUACGCCGAGCUCGGCCUCCCCGCCGCCUCCCGCGCCGUCUACGACGAGGUGGAACGGCCGGACCUGGUCGCCCGAACCGCCAUGGUGGGCGCCCUCGCCCAGUGCGGUGAGGUCGGCUCCGCUCGCGAAAUGUUCGACGAAAUGCCCCGGCGGGACCCCGUCGCCUGGAACGCCAUGAUAGCGGGGUACGCCCACGUGGGUCGGUCCAGGGAGGCGCUGGAGCUGUUCUCAGCCAUGCAAUCGGAAGGGGUGAGGGUGGGCGAGGCCACCAUGGUCUCUGUCCUCACCGCGUGCGCCCACCUUGGCGCGCUGGAUCAGGGGAAGUGGGCGCACGCGUACGUGCAAAAGCACAAGCUCCGCAUCACCGUAACGCUCGGCACCGCCCUCAUUGACAUGUACUCCAAGUGCGGCAACAUCGAGCGCGCCAUGGAGGUGUUCCGCUCCAUGCGGGAGCGGAACGUGUACACGUGGAGCAGCGCCAUCGGCGGGCUCGCCAUGAACGGCGCCAGCGAGGAGUGCCUCGAGCUCUUCGACCUCAUGCAGCGAGAGGGAGUCCAACCCAACGCGAUAACCUUCCUCUCCGUGCUCCGCGCGUGCUGCGUCGCGGGGCUCGUGGACGAGGGCCGCGCAUACUUCGCCUCUAUGCGGGCGCGCCACGGGAUCGAGCCGUGGCAGGAGCACUACGGGUGCGUGGUGGACCUGUACGGGCGCGCGGGGCGCCUGGGCGAGGCUCUCGCGUUCAUCAACGCCAUGCCCACGGCGCCCCACGCGGGCGCGUGGGGCGCGCUCCUCCACGCGUGCAGGCUCCACGGGGACGUGGCGUUGGGCGAGCACGCGACGCGCCGGAUCCUGGAGAGCGAGUCCGCGAACGACGCCGCGCACGUCCUUUUGUCGAACACCUACGCGGCGUCCCGGGACUGGGCCGGGGUGAGCCGCGUGCGCGAGUCGAUGCGCGCGAAGGGGGUGCGCAAGGAGCCCGGGUGCAGCGCCAUAGAAGUCGGCGGCGAGAUCCACGAGUUCUUCGUGGGGGACAAGACCCACCGCCGAUAUCGGGAGAUGGAAGUAAUGCUGGGGGAAAUGGCGACGAAGUUGAGGGAGGCGGGACACGUGGCGAGGACGGAGGGCGUGUUGUUCGACAUAGAGGAGGAGGAGAAGGAGGGCGCGCUGAGCUGGCACAGCGAGAAGCUCGCGAUCGCGUUCGGGCUAAUCGCGUCGGAGAAGAGCGCGGCUAUAAGGAUAGUGAAGAACCUGAGGGUGUGCUGGGAUUGCCACGAGGCUAGUAAAGUUAUAUCCAAGGUGUACCACAGGGAGAUUGUGCUCAGGGAUAGGAAUCGCUUUCACCAUUUUAAAGCUGGGCUGUGUUCUUGUAUGGACUACUGGUGA